GCAAAAUGCAAUUGGUUCUUGUGCUAACGUUUAAAUGAUCCAAAUAUAAUUGUUAUUUUAUUACUAUUUAUUGUUAUAUUGUUAAAUAAAAAUACUUAACUUAACCAUGAACAAGAUAAAACAAUCAGUUGAAUAUUUGAAAGGACCUGAUCUAGUUGUUGAAGUUCAAAAAUACUUUGGUGUAAAGUAUAAACCCUCAGUUCAAAAAAAUAAUAGUGAUACAGAAUAUGAUAUAAAUCGAAAACAAAUUGAAAACCAACAAAAAUACACUGCCACUAAAAAUAUUUAUGAACAAAGUGAUAAUAGUCAAUUUAAUGAUGUUAACCUCAAAUGUCACAAAAGAAAUGUUAGCACGGAAUCACAAUCGUCGCAAUGUGUAUCUACUGAUGAUGCUUCAACAGAUUCAGAUUUCGAACUGAAUAAACCUAAAUAUGAAAUCACCAACAAAUUUUGGUACUAUCUUUUUCGUAUAGGAACUGAGUUAGGCGAUGAAAUUUUUUAUGCAACUUUUAUACCAUUUUGGUUCUGGAAUAUCGAUGGUGCUGUAGGAAGACGUGUUAUCUUUGUUUGGUCUGUUAUAAUGUAUAUAGGUCAAGGUUUAAAAGAUGUUAUCAGAUGGCCUAGACCAGGUCCACCUUGUAUACGCUUACAAGAAAAGUGGUCACAAGAAUAUGGAAUGCCUUCAACGCAUGCUAUGGUUGGAAUUGCAAUUCCUUUAUCUGUUUUAAUAUUCACUGCAGAACGAUAUAUUUAUCCAUUGCAUCUUGGUGGAGCAGUUACUUUGACUUGGUGUUUGCUCAUCAGUGUCAGUAGAUUAUAUUUAGGAAUGCACAGUGCAUUGGAUGUUAUUGCUGGGUUAUUCUUGGCAUUAUUACUUAUGAUUCCAUUAGUUCCACUGGCUGAUCUAUUAGAUGGGUUUUUAGUUACAAAUCCAAUGAGUCCUCUAGCAGUUCUUUUGUUAUCUUUACUUUUAAUAUGGAAAUAUCCAAGUGCUGAUCGUUGGACACCAACAAGAGGUGAUACAACAAUGACCACUUCUGUUUAUGUGGGUAUUGUGCUUGGUGCUUGGCUGAAUUACCAACUUGGUAGAAUGGUUAUACCAUCAUUACCUCCUCCAUAUGCAAUAAUUUGGCCUUCAUGGAGUAUGCAGGGUUUAACUUUACUUCGUACAACAUUGGGAUUGUGCUGCAUAAUGGCUACUCGAGCUAUUUGCAAAUCUUUGUCUUAUGCCUUAGUGUGCGCCCUUAUAAGAAAAGAUCCACAUGAACUGAGAAAAUCUGAAAAUUCCUUACAAAAUCGUUCUAAAUUAAUUGUGGAAUUAUCAUAUAAAUAUUUUACAUAUGGAAUGAUAGGUUUCAAUACAGUUUUUCUUUUACCUCACGUAUUUCAGUUAUUAGGUAUAAAUAGACCAACUUUUUAUACGGAAUUGUAGCAAAAUCUUUAGAAAUGCAUUUACUUACAGA